UUCUGUCUUACGAUACCGGUGAGCAGAGACCUUUCAUCGUCACCUAAAGACACCACCACAAUGUCAUCGUUAGGAGACAAUGUCUGACUCCCUUUGGACUGUCUUGUCCAAUUUCUCUAUGCCUUAUUUCCUUGAUAGCACCAUGUUCCGACGCACCAAAAGCUGCAGAACCAGUAACAGGAAGAGUCUCAUCCUGACCAGUACGUCUCCAACGCUCCCGCGGCCUCAUUCUCCACUACCAGGUCACAUAGGUAGCAGCCCUCUGGAUAGUCCUCGGAAUUUCUCACCCAGCACUCCUGCACAUUUCUCAUUUGCUUCCUCCCGAAGGGCAGAUGGGCGUCGCUGGUCUCUUGCCUCCCUCCCUUCCUCUGGGUAUGGAACCAACACCCCCAGUUCCACAGUGUCUUCGUCCUGUUCAUCGCAGGAGCGGCUGCACCAGCUGCCGUACCAGCCAACCAUGGAUGAGCUGCACUUCCUGUCCAAACACUUCGGCAGCACUGAGAGCAUCACAGAUGAGGAUGGUGGACGCAGGUCGCCCGCCGUACGCCCUCGUUCCCGCAGCCUCAGCCCUGGAAGAUCUCCCUCAUCUCAUGAUAAUGAGAUUGUAAUGAUGAACCAUGUCUACAAGGAACGAUUUCCAAAGGCCACAGCGCAGAUGGAAGAGCGUCUCUGGGACUUCAUAACAUCAAACGCACCAGAGAAUGUGCUGCCUUUAGCGGAUGGUGUACUCAGUUUUAUCCACCACCAGAUCAUUGAAUUAGCUCGGGACUGCCUCGAUAAGUCCCGUGACGGAGUCAUCACCACCAUUUACUUCUGUGAGCUACAGGAGAACCUGGAAAAGCUAUUGCAAGAUGCUUAUGAACGAUCAGAAAGCACAGAGAUGGCCUUUGUUGUCCAACUUGUCAAACAGCUACUAAUUAUCAUCGCUCGACCCGCUAGACUCUUAGAGUGCCUGGAGUUCAACCCAGAAGAGUUUUACCAUUUGUUGGAGGCAGCAGAGGACCAUGUAAAGGAAGGGCAUCUGGUAAAAACCGACAUCCCCCGCUAUAUUAUUACUCAGCUGGGCCUUACCCGUGACCUGCUUGAUGAUGUGGCUUAUCUGGAAACCUAUGACAGUGGGGGCAACAACACACCUGAGACUGAUGAAUCUGGUGAAGGCCGAGGAUCUGCACUGAAGUCUAAAAAGCCGCCAACAGAAAGUGACUUCGACACUAUUAAGCUUAUUAGCAAUGGAGCAUAUGGAGCUGUAUACCUGGUGAGGCACAAAGAGAGUCGCCAACGUUUUGCCAUGAAGAAGAUUAACAAACAGAACCUUCUUUUGCGCAACCAGAUCCAGCAGGCCUUUGUGGAAAGAGAUAUCCUUACCUUCGCUGAGAAUCCCUUUGUCGUGAGCAUGUUCUGUUCUUUUGAGACAAGACGCCACCUCUGCAUGGUUAUGGAGUACGUGGAAGGUGGAGACUGUGCAACACUGCUAAAAAACAUUGGUGCACUACCAGUGGAAAUGGCCCGUCUGUAUUUUGCAGAGACAGUUCUGGCUUUGGAGUACCUUCACAAUUACGGGAUUGUCCACAGGGACCUAAAACCAGACAACUUGCUGAUCACCUCCAUGGGACACAUCAAGCUCACAGACUUCGGCCUGUCAAAGAUGGGACUCAUGAGUCUGACAACCAACUUGUACGAAGGGCACAUUGAAAAGGAUGCCAGAGAGUUCUUAGAUAAGCAGGUCUGUGGAACACCAGAGUAUAUUGCUCCAGAGGUUAUCCUGAGGCAAGGAUAUGGCAAGCCUGUGGACUGGUGGGCAAUGGGCAUCAUUCUGUAUGAAUUUCUGGUGGGAUGUGUGCCCUUCUUUGGAGACACCCCGGAGGAGCUUUUUGGACAGGUGAUCAGUGAUGAGAUCGCAUGGCCAGCUGGUGAAGAGGCCUUACCCGCAGACGCUCAGGACCUUAUUGCUUGCCUGCUGCAGACUAACCCUUUGCAUCGACUGGGCACUGGUGGAGCAUAUGAAGUGAAAGAACAUUGUUUCUUCAAGGACUUGGACUGGAACGGCCUGUUACGACAGAAAGCAGAGUUCAUCCCUCACCUGGAGUCUGAAGAAGACACCAGUUACUUUGACACUCGAUCUGAUAGAUACCAUCACAUUAACUCUUAUGAUGAAGAUGAUACCAAUGAUGAAGAGCCAGUGGAAAUUCGACAGUUUUCAUCCUGUUCUCCCCGGUUUAGCAAGGUAUACAGCAGUAUGGAGCACCUGUCACAACAUGAACAACAAAAAACAGCAACUGUCACCAAAUGGGACCAGUCCGGAAAGCACAAGGAGGAGAAAGUGACCAAGAGAGAAAGCAUGGGCAGCUUCACUGUCAGGGAAAAAAGCUGGCGAGCGGGCUCUCCAGAAAUGAAGCGCCUUUCAGCAUCAGAGUCUUCCUUCACAGAGAGUGACUCAAGCCCUCCACUUGCAGCCCGACGGCGAUUCUCAGCCCUUAUGGACACCAGUCGCUUCAGUGCUCCACAAGAAGAUGAAUCUGAAACCAAGCAGAAUCAGCAGCAGAAGAAACAGCCUCUCCCAGAAAAGGCAGACUCUAAGGCAACUGGCCAAUCAGAACCAAAUCACGGAAAGGGUGUGGCUACAGUCGAUAGUAGAGCAAGUCCUGCCCCCAGUGAUGUGACUUCAGCUGAUAAAACCGUGAAAAAUGGUGACUCACAGCCUGUGAAGGAGACAGAUCCUUCUGCACCAAAGGCAACAAGUGACCUUGUUAUGCGGAGAACACGCCAUCAACAACUGUCAAGCGAUUCACCAGAAAAACGUGCCUCUAGAACUGGUGGGAAAGUCAUCAAAUCAGCCUCAACUACGGCACUAUCCGUCAUUAUUCCAGCAGUUGAACAGCACAGCAGUUCACCUCUAGCCAGUCCCAUGUCUCCUCGAUCACUUUCCUCUAACCCAUCUUCUAGAGAUUCUUCUCCCAGCCGGGAUUACUCUCCAGCUGUUACCAGUCUGAGGUCUCCAAUCACCAUCCUUCGCUCAGGGAAAAAGUAUGGCUUCACCCUUCGGGCGAUCCGGGUAUACAUGGGUGACAGUGAUGUGUACAGUGUUCAUCAUAUCGUCUGGCAUGUUGAAGAAGGUGGCCCAGCCUUUGAAGCAGGACUGUGUGCCGGUGACCUCAUUACACAUGUGAAUGGAGAGCCAGUGCAUGGCCUGGUCCACACAGAAGUGGUGGAGCUGAUCCUGAAGAGUGGCAACAAGGUCACUGUCACCACCACCCCCUUUGAGAACACAUCCAUCAAAAUUGGGCCUGCAAGAAAAUCCAGCUAUAAAUCCAAAAUGGCACGCAGGAACAAGAGAACUGUACCAAAAGAUGGACAGGAAAGCACUAAGAAACGGAGCUCACUGUUCCGAAAGAUAGCCAAGCAAUCCAACCUUCUGCACACCAGCCGUAGUUUGUCAUCAUUGAAUCGUUCUCUUUCAUCCAGUGACAGCCUUCCAGGAUCACCAACUCAUAGCCUGACAGCACGUUCCCCAACUCAGAGCUAUCGUUCUACACCAGACUCCACAUACAUUGCUGGGGCAUCUUCUCAGAGCAGCUCUCCUGCUUCCAGCACACCAAACUCUCCUGCCACCUCUCACCAUAUGCGACCAAGUACCCUUCAUGGCUUAUCUCCAAAGCUACAUCGUCAGUACAGGUCAGCCCGUUGCAAGUCUGCAGGGAACAUCCCUCUGUCUCCUUUAGCUCAUACCCCUUCACCAACUCAGUCCUCACCCCCACCACUUCCAGGUCACACAGUAGGCAGCUCCAACACCACACAGACUUUCCCUGUGAAACUGCACUCAUCACCACCAGUAGUACGACCAAGGCCAAAGAGUGCAGAGCCUCCAAGAUCACCUCUGUUAAAGAGGGUGCAGUCUGCUGAGAAACUUGGUGCGCCCCUUUCAUCUGAGAAGAAGGUUGUCAUGCGUAAGCACAGCUUGGAGGUGACUCACUCAGAAUACAGGAAAGACUCAUUUCAUAGUGAGCUUGGCCUGCAAAGCCUGGCAGAGACAGAGGGAGAAACACUUGGAGCUACAGAACCAGGGUCAGUCAAGCAAGUAGCGGUAAGGAAACUAGGACGUCAGGAGUCUCCUCUAAGUCUCAGCAGUGAUGUCUUGCUUUCCUGCAGGAGAGAGAAGGAACAAGAAAUAGUGGAGCCAGAAAUCAAAGCAAAUGGUAAACAGGAGCAAAUGAAAGAGGAGCUGAGAAAAGAAAGUAGUGGGAAACUAGAGUCAACGCCUUCUGAUAAAACUCUGAUGCCCGAUUGUGUGCAGCAUACUGAGUCUCACAAAAAUGGAGACAAGACAGCGGAAGUCCAGCAGCGCUCCCCUACACAAGCAUCAGAGAAACAAACAAAAGAGCCACUGCCAUCUCAGAAUGUGCAAAAAGACCAACAGCAAGAUAAGAAGCCACUUCAGAGGACCCAGCUGCAAGCAAAGGAUCCUGAACACAGUGUCACAUUACAGGGAAAGCAGGACCCACCGGGUCUCCAGACAGCCCAUUCCACUCCAGUAGGACUGCCCACAUGUAGUCCUACAACAGACAGAUCUGAAGUGCAGUCAACCAAAGAUGCCAUGCUUCCCAGCCCACUGGCACUUGAGUCCCAAUCAAACAAGACAGCUGCACACUGUGGACCAAAAAGUGUAGAAAAACUAACUUCAGAAGUGAAAAUUGUUUUACCAACUGGAUCUAGAGACAAGACAAGUCAAGAGGCACAUACGGAGGCAACAUUUACUAGUUCUAGAAUUCAAGAGAAAGCAUCAAGUUUUAAGCCAGAAUGCAAGACACCUGUUACUCCAAAAGAAGCACAAGUAUCUCCAGAUAUAUCUUCUUCAGUGUUACCAAUGGAACCCAAAGCAGUGGAGCAACCUCAUACCACACGACCUCAGCUUCCUGUUGUUGUGCAACCAGUAAAAUCCAUGGGAUGCUUGGACAAGACAGAUAUCCAAAGGAAACCAACAGAAAAUCACAUAAAAGAAAUGGUCCACAAGCCAAAUGAGAAACUAGUUCCCAGCCACACUUCAUCACCUCAACCAGGACCAUGCAAAGACCAUAUUGUGCCCAAAAGACCUGACACUGUAGAAAAGGAGACUUCUCUUAACUGCUGCAAGGAGCCUCCAGACAGGAGUGGUGAGGAACAGUGGUUUUUGGAAGUUGUAGAAGAGGUCACCACUCUUUCUCCACAAAGCAAAUCAAAGUCUGCUUCUCCAAAGGUGUCUCCAUCUGGUACAGACCACACAAACUUGGUUGCCCAGUUGAACUCGGUGGCUAAAAAUGUUCUUGCACCUGUGAAGGUGUGCAUUCAAGCUGAGGGACAGAAGAGUAAAGAUAGCCUUAAACAAGUGGACCAACAGCCAGGAAGUUCUCCCAGUCAGACUGACCUUAAAAGUCCGGGUCCAUCAGUGGCAUCAGGCAAUGGAACAUUUUCAGGAAAAACUAAAACAAUACAUUAGUUGUAAAAUAAUCAGAUUGUUUACUCAAAUGAGAACAAAUAGAUUUGAAAGCAGUUCCUAGGGCUGAUAAUGUGAUGUUUGAAGGUGCCUUCCAACAGUAGGGUAAUUAGUAAGGGAGGGUCAAGGCGUAUACAUUAACAGCUGAAAUGCAGCUGAUUGUUUAGACAGCGGUGUCAAACUGCUAACGAUGGGCUCCUCGUUACCGGCCUUCAAGGAGUUAUAUUCUCUGGUGACAGCUAGAUUGUUGUUCAUUUGCUUAUGCCAGCAAUUUCCUGUUCCUUAGAGGAGUGCACUGUUCCCCCACUACCUCACUUAUUAGACACACAGGAAAAACAGGCUUGAUUGCAUGAUACCCUGAAUGCAAUAGAGUUUAACAUCUCUUAUCUCAGCCUGCCUUUGCUCACUGUAUACAUAAAAGGCCACACUCAGCCCUGCCUCCAGUGUUUAUGUGUGAAUAUGCUUGUUUCAACUACUGCAUAAAAACUUCAUUUGAAUAACAAAAAGUUAAUUGUGUGCUUAAAAGCAUAAUGUUGUGAAUCUGAUUUAGAUAAGAAGGUGUUAGGUUGGGUUUACUUGUGCCUGUGAAUGGGUGUGCUGAGGACAUAGGGAUAGUGCCCUUUAACAGUCUCUGUCCCUCGGAUCUAAACCCAAAUCCAUAUGACUGUCAGUAAGUUUAAAUUGUACCAGUCCCUCCAUAUCUGUCAUUGCUAACAACAAAUUAUAUUUCACAAGUAAGAUAAAUAUGCUGUAUUUUACUAUUAAAAAUUCAGAGUCCCCCUCCAUGAACCUGUUAACUGCCUACACAUAUUGCAGUAAAGUUUUGAUCUGGGUUGUACUGAGAGCAUCCCAGGAGAUUUGUUGCUUUAAAGAUGUAGAGUGGUUAAGUGCACUUUAAGGCGUUUUAAGAAAUAAUGAAAUACUGCAGCUGUAGCACACCUGGGGUAAUUCCUGCCUAAUUUCUCCGCAUGUCAUGAAGUAUGCAGUUUGUUUUAUCCACUACUAAAAUAGUACAACAUGAAAUGUAAUAAACUGUACUGGCUUAUGUAUUCUUUUGAAGGGGUGUGUUAGCGCUUGUCAUAGCAGCUGUUGUCGAUUUUUGUAACUGUUUUUACCCCUUUAAUACUUGACAGUAGUAUUGUAUACAGAGACUGGUUCAUCUGUUCUCUGCUUUUCCAUGUAAGAGAAGCCCUUUAAAUUCAUUUGGUGACAUUGCUGUUCAGCAUCCACUGAUGAUGUGACACUUGGGUCACCAUAGUACAUAAAGUGAAAUAGUUACACUAAUGCAGAAGAAGAAUAAAAAAAAAUUACUUAAAAGGGAACGUAUCUGAGAAACAUGAAAUAUUACUUUCAUUCACACAAAGUCAGACUCUUCCAACCAGUAAGGGUUUCUCAGUAUGUUAAUAGAGGUGCAGAGCUAUAUUUUGUGGCUUGAGAAAAUCCUUUUUUCAAGAGUGUAACUAUAAAGACUUUGUUUAUUGAAUUACUUUUUAUUAAGCUCAUAGAAUGGUAAAGGCAAGGACAAAGCUAAGGUAUUUUUAAAUGUAUGACUCAUGGAAAGGCAAAGAAGAUGCAAGAUGAAAUUCUGAAGGGUGAUGAUUGUACACAGACUUAAAGUAUACACUCAGCAGCAAACUAAGAUUACAAGGACAAAUGUUGCUUAACAGUGAGAGACAUGAAGAACAGACUACAUGCAUUUGCUACAGACUAGGGGUGUCCAGCCUUUUAGGCUAAGGGGCCACCUACCAUACCUCUCAAGGUUUGGGGUCCACAUUGCCAUGUACAACAUUCUAAACUAUUUGUUAUAGAACAUACCAAGGGCCAGAGAAAAUGCUUUGGUGGCCCUAGGGCCCACUGUUGGACACCCAAUUAUUAUAGACUGUAUGAGGAUAGCAAAUACACAGUGUGUCAGUACAAGUGACAUAUCAUAGCUCUAUGUUUAAAUGGCAAAAUCUACAUCAGUGUUUUACUACACUGCAUCUGUGACAUCAGAAACAGUUCCCAAAAAAGGAAUACCAGUACAAGAUAAGAAAUGGGGCUAAGGCAAGUUACAAACGAGGGUAGUGGAACAGUGAGGGGUGGAUUGUAGCCUUCACUGAUGUACGCCAUGCUGGUGUCUGCAGUGAGAGCCUACAGGAUCCCACCCAAGUGACAAUGGGAACUGUGUAAGUUAAAAAAAAAAACAGAUUCCAGAAUUUUAACAGUCCAACAACUUGACCACUCCACUGCAACAUAAGAAUGUAGACAAGUAAUGUUGCAGAGGUCGUUUUUAGGAUGAUGCGUUAUGAAACAUGGACCCUGCAGCAGUCUUGGGAUGCUUUCCCAGAGCUUCCAUUUGUCUGUUUUAUAACUGAGCAAAUCACUUAACAAGACAUUGCUGCCAUGUUGUCCUUGAAAAGGGACUGUGUUUCCGUGGGACAUACCUGGCUGAUGUUUUAGUGGGUGUUUCAUAAAAUGUUUCAUAAAAUGCAAGAUUAAAAUAUAAUAGCAACUUUUCUCAUACAACUACAAAUUUCAUAAACCAUGUAUUUGUACUGUAGUCAUAAACCUUAUUAUAAAGAACAGCUGCACUAUGAAAAAAAAUCUUCUCCAAAAUUUUAUCUGUUUUACUUUAUUUAUUUAUUUAUGGCCUUUUUUAUGAGAGACCUAAGGAGUAUAUAAACUCCACAUGAAAUAAAAUAAAAAAAAACAAAACAAUAAUCACAUAUUCUGCAGAGAACUGCAAUAAAUACACAUAUUAGUAUAUGAAUAACAGACGUUCAUUCUGCUUACAAAACAAAGGUGUCUUAACUGCAGAACGAAGUGAAUGUUUAGUUGUAUGCCACACUGCAAUGCAUAAUGGCAUCAUAGUGGGUUUAGCAUUUCUGCAACAUAUUAAGCACAAUGGAUGCAGGUGAAGGACAUCUGAUAUACACAAGGGGACCACCUGAUGUAAUUCGGUAGUCUGUCCAGACAUAGGGAACUAAUUACUAGAAACCCGUUCCCCACUUCUCUGGGUGGUAGGACGAGUAGUUGGAAGUAAAGCCUUAAAGGACUUCAGCAUCUUAGCAGGGAUAUACUUUGACAAAAUGGUGGAAAGGAUAGGAGUUAAAAUCUGUCUGUGGUUGUGACUACACCAGACAAAGUUAGUGCUAAGGAAAUCUCUGCUCAUGUCACAGCCAGCCCCUGGGCAUGGUAGUGUCUUGUGCUUCCCUAGGCACCAUAAGCAAGAAUAUUGCAGUUCUGUUGUAAACAGAUGAGAGCCUAUCCAAAUUAGACUAGCAUAACGUAGUGAGUUAUGAGCUUGUAAAAUCAGAAGGGUAACUAAGGAAGUCCAAACUACAGCUGCCCUUAAAAAGGGGGUUAAAAGGCUUGUUGAUAACAGGUGCACCAACUUAAUACACAUUUUCCUGACUGAUAUUGAAUCUUGUUCUCCAUAGAUCCUUGAAUUGUCAAACAUAAACCUCAGGUACAUGAAGGUGUGCACUAGCUCAGUUACAUCUUCACAUGGUUUGCAGAGGUAGUUUGUACUACAAAACAGCAUAGACUGGGGGUUAGUGGUUUUAGAAGUGUUGGGUUUUAGUGAAUUGCACGAUACCCACUGUUAAGAUAAUAAAGAACCUUCUGCAGCUCACUGGCUGAUUGGAUCAUGCUAGUACCAGAGCACAUUAGUGCAAGAUCAUCUGUAGUUUGUAUCAUGGAUAGAUGGUCUCAAUGCAAACACAUAAUAAUUAUCAGGCAGACUGUCUGGACCGCAUUUUUGAUACAAACCAUUAGCUAUAAUUUGUUCAGAUAUUUUCCACAAGCCAUAAACUUGCACCAUCUUUCAGAAGUUCCCACAAUGCCUUAUUUCUGCUCUAAAAGAGAUGGGGAAUUUUCACUGAGUCCUGGCCAAAUCUUCCCCAUGUCUUUAUAAAUACCAGAUGUGCUGUCCCCUAAAGGUAGUCCAGAGUCCGGAUGGGGCUGACCUGAUCAAAAAAGUAAGUUAAUAAGUAAGAAAAGAAAAAAAUGGCUGAGAAAAAGUGAAACUCUUCUGCUAGAACCAACUCCCAAGUAUCACAUUAUUACUGUUAUUACUGUAUGUGCCAAUAUUGUGCAAGCUUCAAAAAGCUGUGGCUCAAACCACUCACAAUACAUAUACAGCGUCUACAAGCCGCAUGCCACAAAGUCACAUAUGCAGCCACAAUUUAUGGAUGCCCUCAUAAUGCCUUUACAUUUUUUUCCUUUUCUUCUUAUUAGUGAUUUUGUAAAAACAAGAGAUUUACCUUGCAAGCAUUAGUUACUUUUGCCAUUUUACCAUUACACAAGCAUAUAUUGAUUUAAUUUGGAUAAAACUGCUGUCAACUUAAGUAGUUUACUCAUUGAGAGAGAGAGCUGUGUUGAGCUCUUAUCGUUGCAAGUCUAACAUUUUGAGGAUCACUUACCUGCAACAUGACUGAUGGAUACAGUGUUUUAUCCCUGCUUUAUUACUUCAUUGCACAGUGCUGUGACGUACAUCUGACUGUACCAAGUCUGUGUUUCCAAUAAUAAGGCUAGAUUUCAGACUUGUCUAUCUUAGUCUUCCCCUCAAGAAAGCCAUCACCCUGACUAGGUUACCAUCCAUACCAUCUUCUAUAUCACUAGCUCAGAGAGAAACCCAUCAUCCUGGCUAGAUUACCAUAGAUACCAUCUUCUAUAUAUCCUUUUUUCAAGAGUGUAACUAUAAAGACUUUGUUUAUUGAAUUACUUUUUAUUAAGCUCAUAGAAUGGUAAAGGCAAGGACAAAGCUAAGGUAUUUUUAAAUGUAUGACUCAUGGAAAGGCAAAGAAGAUGCAAGAUGAAAUUCUGAAGGGUGAUGAUUGUACACAGACUUAAAGUAUACACUCAGCAGCAAACUAAGAUUACAAGGACAAAUGUUGCUUAACAGUGAGAGACGUGAAGAACAGACUACAUGCAUUUGCUACAGACUAGGGGCGUCCAACCUUUUAGGCUAAGGGGCCACCUACCAUACCUCUCAAGGUUUGGGGUCCACAUCGCCAUGUACAACAUUCUAAACUAUUUGUUAUAGAACAUACUAAGGGCCAGAGAAAAUGCUUUGGUGGCCCUAGGGCCCACUGUUGGACACCCAAUUAUUAUAGACUGUAUGAGGAUAGCAAAUAUACAGUGUGUCAGUACAAGUGACAUAUCAUAGCUCUAUGUUUAAAUGGCAAAAUCUACAUCAGUGUUUUACUACACUGCAUCUGUGAAAUCAGAAACAGUUCCCAAAAAAGGAAUACCAGUACAAGAUAAGAAAUGGGGCUAAGGCAAGUUACAAAUGAGGGUAGUGGAACAGUGAGGGGUGGAUUGUAGCCUUCACUGAUGUACGCCAUGCUGGUGUCUGCAGUGAGAGCCUACAGGAUCCCACCCAAGUGACGAUGGAACUGUGUAAGUUAAAAAAAAAAACAGAUUCCAGAAUUUUAACAGUCCAACAACUUGACCACUCCACUGCAACAUAAGAAUGUAGACAAGUAAUGUUGCAGAGGUCGUUUUUAGGAUGAUGCGUUAUGAAACAUGGACCCUGCAGCAGUCUUGGGAUGCUUUCCCAGAGCUUCCAUAUGUCUGUUUUAUAACUGAGUAAAUCACUUAACAAGACAUUGCUGCCAUGUUGUCCUUGAAAAGGGACUGUGUUUCCGUGGGACAUACCUGGCUGAUGUUUUUAGUGGGUGUUUCAUAAAAUGUUUCAUAAAAUGCAAGAUUAAAAUAUAAUAGAGAGAAACCCAUCAUCCUGGCAAGGUUACCAUAGAUACCAUCUUCUAUAUCUCUAGCUCAGAGAGAACCCCAUCAUCCUGGCUGGGUUACCAUAGAUACCAUCUUCUAUAUCACUAGCUCAUAGAGAAACCCAUCAUCCUGGCUAAGUUACCAUAGAUACCAUAUUCUAUAUCACUAGCUCAGAGAGAAACCCAUCAUCCUGGCUAGGUUACCAUAGAUACCAUCUUCUAUCUCACUAGCUCAGAGAAAAACUCAUCAUCCUGGCAAGGUUACCAUAGAUACCAUCUUCUAUAUCACUAGCUCAGAGAGAAACCCAUCAUCCUCGCUAGGUUACCAUAGAUACCAUCUUCUAUAUCACUAGCUCAUAGAGAAACCCAUCAUCCUGGCUAAGUUACCAUAGAUACCAUAUUCUAUAUCACUAGCUCAGAGAGAAAACCAUCAUCCUGGCUAGGUUACCAUAGAUACCAUCUUUUAUAUCACUAGCUCAGAGAAAAACUCAUCAUCCUGGCUAGGUUAUAAAGAUAGCAUCUUCUGUAUCAUUAGCUCAGAGGGAAUCCCAUCACCCUGGUCAGGUUAAUCGAAUUCAUCUUCUAUAUCAUUAGCUCAGAGCAGAAACCCUUCACCCUGAAUAGGUUACCAUGGAUACCAUUUUCUAUAUCAGCAGCUCAUAGGCAGAAAGGCGGGAUUCUAACAGAAGGCUCUUGAAGAAGAAUCUCUAACUGGUACUGAGGACUUUUCAUCUUAGCAUAAGUAACAAUGCAGUGUCCAAAUUGUGCUGACUUUACAACAGGUCGUGAUACCAUUAUGUGCUCAUUGUCCGUCAGAAUGCUGUACUUCCUUCUACUAAGACAUUUAGCAGUGAGCUUCUUCAUGGGAUACCAUGUGAAGUCAUUAGUUAAGCAUGAAAAGAGGUGGAAAACAUGCCGCAUGCACUACUAAGGGCCUUACGGAUGCCAAAAGGCUGUAUGUGCAACUUGUUCCUGCAGCUUUUAUUGCCCGGUCCUUUACACAACCCACACUUCUGUGCUGUGGUUUGCCCCAGAAUGGCACAAUGAAAUAAGAUGACAGAGACUCAAGAUUGUUUGUUUUUUGCCAUGAAUAAUCCCCUGUGAGCCACCCCCAUACAGAAAUAACAUGCUACUGUGAAAAGGGCAUCCUGUAAUAAAUAUCUGCAUUUUGUCUUUACUUCUGUAAUGGUUUCCUUCUAUACUGUUAAUAUAUUUUUUUUCAUUUCAAAAUGUUAGCAUAUUUAUUGACAUUUAAUGUGAUAUAAAUGUAAUGCUGGGUGUUAAGGGACACCAGUCCCCUUUACAAAAAACGUAGUGUUCAUGACAGCAGUGAGAAUGGCUCACUGCUGGUGAAGUGCUGCAAUGGACAUAGAUUUUCAAGUUCUGUAGCUAAUGGGCACUAAAAGUUAUUUGUGUCAAACAAAAUAAGCAAAAACAAGGGGAAAAUAGACAUAGGAGUGAUUUCAGAAGGGAAAUUCUUCUCACUGUCAAAGGGUGGAGAGGUAGAUACCUGUAAUACUGACAUAUUUCCAAAACGAAUACUUGGGUAAAAAAGUAUUGUCAGGUUUUAAAGAAGUACUUCACGUGUACAGAGGGAACAGUGGUGAAGCAUGUGCUGAAGGAGGAGACACUCAGAACCACACAUCAGCUAAUGCGUUCACCGAUGACACACUGAAGUCACCAUAUAAUCCCAUCUGCUAUUAGCUUCAUUGCCUCUGCAGGCCAUUUUUAUAUGUUCUGAUACUGCACAUAGAUGGGCAAACUCCUUAGGAACAAUUUUGGUUAGGAACUAAUGAAGACAUAUUACCUAGCUUUGUAGCUUAGAGGGAAAAAGCUGUGACUAUGUCCCAGAUGACCCGAGUUUGAGUAACGGCCCCAGUGCUGGAAGAGCUGGGUAGGGGAGGGUAGGAGUAAGUGGCAAAUGCUGCCUCGCCCACUCUGAAGGUGAGGAAAUGGUGGUCUGGUACCUGUUUCGCUACAUACAAAUGGAGAGGCUUGCAAGUGAAACAGCCAUAACCAGAAGUGUACACCUGGCUUUCCAACUGGGUGACAGCAGCCAUCACUGACAUGUGGGUAGGAGCACUUGCAUGCAGGCUGUGGUGGUGAUGUGACUGCCCAGAUCAGAUACCAAAGGGUUGGGUUAAGGCUUAUUACAAAAAGACCUGAUGGCUGUAAGAAUGCGGACCUGUGCAGUUAGGUCUCACCCUACAAGGAACAAGUAUCCUAAUUGAUUGCAGAGGCUGAUGGUUGUUAGGCACUGAGGGAACAAAAAAUAUACAAAAAAAGAAAAAUACUCUUGUCAUACUGUGAUCUUAUGUGCAGCACCAGCCAUAGCCGGCCUUAGGCAUAGGCCAACUAGGUGCCCACCUAGGGUGCCGGUCUAGCAGGGGUGCUUUUCCAGUAAUCUGAAUGGUGUAGGCAGUCCAGGAUGGGGGCACAGGUGGGUGCUGCAGGGACCUUUUGCCUAGGGCACCAAUUGACCAAAGGCCAGUCCUGGCACCAGCAUCUUUACAUCAUUACUAUAUAUACUUAAUUUUAUUUGUAAUUUGACUAGAUGGGAAACCAUAAAUUCACCCCGGGAGGUUCACCUAUGUCCCUUUUGGAUAGGAGCAGUCGGUACUGAUCAUAAAUUUGCAUGCUAAUAUAGGCUAUUUCUCUCUGUCUAUGAGGGAACAAGGGUAAAACAUGGCUAGGCUUGUAAAGGCCCUGGGGCCAAUAGCCUAGUAAUCUCCUAUGAUCCUAUGACUCCAAAAUAAUCUGGUGGAGUUGCAGUACUGAUACAGUUUUGGUUUACAGCUGAUUCACAUUUUUCCCACACUGCAUUAUACAUCCCCACAAUACGACAUCAUAUCGCUGUUACUUUUCCUUCUUGCUCUUCUCUGUGUUCACUGAAAUGAGAGUACAUUAAAUGAUUGCUUUCUGUGAGAAUCCCUGGAUACAGUGUCAGUACAUUUUGAAGUGACCCCCUUUGAUGUGUAUCCUCUACCAUUUCCUGAACAGACGUUUAAGGGGUUGUUAUUGUUAGAUCAAAUAGUGGGUAAAUUAAUUGUUUUUUUAAUUGUCAAGAAUUUUUAGUUGUUGCAACUCCUCAUCUAUUCACUCAUUGUGUCAUCCAGCAGUGUCAAGUUUCCUGCUAUUCAUGCCUAAGUGAAUUACUUGACUUUAACCAAUUCAUGGUGACACAACUGGCUCAUGUCUACACAGCAGCCUUUAUGUCUGCUUCAGUAAAUACAUAAGUAGACCUGAAUUCCCAGGAAUUCAGAAUGGGCGGCGCAUUGGUGCAGCGGUUAACGUUGUCGCCUCACAGCAAGAGGU